AUGGCGAAGAAACAAAGACACAAUACUAAACAGAGAAAGCUACUGCGUGAGAAGGAAAACCAAAAGAUCCAAGACUUGGAGACUAGAAUUUCAGAGUAUGAUCCAAAACUUGCUAAACCUCUACUUUUCCAAGAUUUACCAAUAAGUGAGUACACGUUGAAAGGUUUGAAAGAAGCUGCAUUUAUCAAAAUGACCGAGAUUCAACGUGAGUCUAUACCACUUUCUUUGAAAGGACAUGAUGUAUUAGGUGCUGCCAAAACCGGAUCUGGUAAGACCUUGGCGUUCUUAAUACCUGUGUUGGAGAAAUUAUACAGAGAAAAAUGGACCGAUAUGGAUGGUCUUGGUGCUUUGAUCAUAUCUCCUACCAGAGAAUUAGCCAUGCAAAUCUACGAGGUAUUGAGUAAGAUCGGGAAACACACCACAUUUUCUGCAGCCUUGGUUAUUGGUGGUAAAGAUGUCAAUUUUGAGAAGGAAAGACUCUCAAGAAUUAAUAUUCUAAUCGGAACUCCUGGUAGAAUUUUACAGCAUAUGGAUCAAGCCGUUGGGUUCAACGUUUCUAACUUACAGAUGCUAGUGUUGGAUGAAGCGGAUAGAUGUCUCGAUAUGGGGUUCAAAAAGACUUUAGAUGCUAUCAUAAACAAUUUACCCCCUUCUAGACAAACUCUAUUAUUUUCUGCUACACAAUCUCAAACUUUAGACGAUUUGGCAAGACUAUCCUUAACAGAUUACAAACAGGUUGGAACAUUGGAAGCUCUAAACUCAAAAAAUGCUGCUGCCACUCCAGAAUCGUUACAACAGUCGUAUAUCGAAGUGCCUCUAACCGAUAAGCUUGAUAUAUUGUACAGUUUCAUAAAGUCACAUCUAAAGUCAAAACUUAUUGUGUUUUUGUCUAGUUCCAAGCAAGUUCACUUUGUAUAUGAAACGUUCAGAAAGCUACAACCAGGUAUUUCAUUAAUGCACUUACACGGUAGACAAAAACAGACUGCUAGAACGGAGACUUUAGACAAAUUCAGUAGAGCACAGCACGUUUGCUUAUUUUCCACUGAUGUUGUUGCUAGAGGUAUCGAUUUCCCAUCAGUAGACUGGGUCAUCCAAGUUGACUGUCCGGAAGAUGCAGACACAUAUAUUCAUAGAGUUGGAAGAGCGGCAAGAUUCGGAAAAGAGGGUAAAUCGCUCAUUAUGUUAACUCCUGAAGAACUCGAAGGGUUCUUGAAAAGAUUGAAGUCUAAAAAUAUCGAACCAAGCAGAUUGAACAUCAAACAGUCAAAGAAAAAGUCCAUAAAACCACAACUACAAUCACUAUUAUUCAAGGACCCAGAAUUAAAAUAUUUAGGUCAAAAGGCAUUCAUCUCCUACGCGAGAUCGAUCUAUAUCCAGAAAGAUAAAGAGGUUUUCCAUUUUGAUGAGCUUCCACUCGAAGAAUUCGCCAACUCUUUAGGUUUACCAGGUGCUCCAAAGAUAAAGAUGAAGGGUAUGAAAUCUAUAGAAAAGGCAAAGGAAUUAAAAAAUACAUCAAGACAGCUUCUCUCGCUUGCCAAAACCAAUGAAGAUGGUGAACUUGUUAAAGAAUCAAAAAAUGAAGUCAGAACAAGGUAUGACAAGAUGUUUGAACGUAAAAAUCAAACUGUUUUGAGUGAACAUUACUUAAACAUUACAAAAUCACAAGCUGAAGAAGAUGAGGACCAAGACUUCAUCAAAGUAAAGCGUCAAGAUCACGACUUGAAUGAAAAAGAUUUACCAGAACUAAUUAUUCCAACAUCUAAGAGAGCACAAAAGAAAGCGUUAUCGAAGAAGGCGGCAUUGGCAUCAAAGGGUAAUCCAACUAAAGUCAAGUUUGAUGAUGAUGGUGUUGCUCAUCCUGUUUAUGAAUUAGAGGAUGAAGAGGCAUUCCAUGAGAAGGGUGAUUCACUCAAACAAAAGGAGGAGUUCUUGUCUAAGGAAGCUGAAUUAAUGGCAAAGGUUGAUGUUGAAGAUAAACAAAUAGCUAAGGAGAAGAAACAAGAGAAAAAGCGUAAAAGAUUAGAAGCAAUGAGAAGAGAGAUGGAAGCGGAAAUGGAUGACAGUGACUUUGAAGGUGAAACAGUAGCUUAUCUCGGUACUGGUAAUCUCAGUGAUGACAUGCAAUCUGGCGAUGAUUACGAAUCUGAUUCAGAAGAAGAGUCUGAUUCUGAAACUAGCAGACAGCCUCAAAGAAAGAAGAGUAGAUACGACAGCUCUUCCGAUGAAGAAGAUCAUGGCGAAAAAGAUAAGUUUGGCAAAAUUAUUGAAGUGGAAGAACCUAAGACCCUUGAAGAUUUGGAAUCUUUGACUGCUAACUUAAUAGACGCAUAG